GACUCUUGUCAAACUUCCCCCUCGCAGGCAUCCCGCAUCAUUGCGUUGGGCAAAACUUGGUCGCUUAUCCCCGCUUGCUAUGGAGCGCAAAGUUGCUCGCGAAUUCAGGCACAAGGUGGAGUUGCUGAUUGAAAAUGAAGCAGAGAAGGACUACUUGUAUGAUGUCCUCCGCAUGUAUCACAAAGCCAUGGAUUUGCCUGUGCUCGUUGGGGACCUGAAGCUGGUAAUCAACGAACCAAAGCGUUUGCCCCUGUUCGAUGCCAUCCGACCGCUCAUCCCACUCAAACACCAGGUGGAGUAUGACCUGCUAACCCCCAAGAGGUCCAGGAAGCUGAAGGAGGUACGGUUAGAUCGGACACAUCGUGAUGGACUGGGUCUGAGUGUCCGUGGAGGGCUGGAGUUUGGCUGUGGUCUUUACAUAUCACAAAUUGUCAAAGAUGGUCAGGCUGGAAAUGUUGGUCUUCAGGUGGGUGAUGAGAUUGUCCGCAUCAACGGAUACUCCAUCUCCUCCUGUAUCCACGAGGAAGUCGUCAGUCUCAUCAAGACCAAGAAGAUUGUGUCACUCAAAGUUAGACAUGUGGGGAUUAUUCCUGUAAAAAGCUCAUCAGAUGAACCCCUCAAGUGGCAGUUUGUCGAUCAAUUUGUGUCCGAAUCUGGGGAGAAAAAAAGCAGCGUUGCUGGUUUGGCAUCGUUCGGAGGGAAGGAAAUCAAGGAGAAGAAGGUCUUCCUCAGCCUCGUGGGCACCAAAGGUAUGGGCAUCAGCAUCUCCAGUGGUCCAAGACAGAAACCCGGCAUCUACAUCAGCAACGUCAAACCCGACUCACUAUCUGUGGAGGUCGGACUUCAGAUCGGAGACCAGAUCGUGGAGGUGAACGGAGUGGACUUCACCCACGUGGACCACAAAGAGGCCGUAAGAGUCCUCAAAAGCAGCAGGAGUCUGACUAUUACUGUUCUGACCGGAGCCGGCAGCGAGCUGUUUAUGACGGACGAGGAGCGUUCGGCGGUGGAGGCGCGCAGGGAGCUGGAGAGGCAAGAGCUGAUGCAUCAGAAGAGGGUGGCUCUGGAGACCAACAGGAUCCUUAAAGAGCAGCAGGAGAAGGAGAGACAAAGGAAAACGGAGAUCUCACAGAAGGCUGCAGAGGAAGCGCAGCGCUACGAGCAGGAGAUGGAGAGAAUUGAGGCUGCGGAGAGGAAACACCACAGAGAGUGGGAAGAGGACUAUGGUACUACCGAGCGACCUCAGGAUCCACAGAUCCAGAGGAGCCCGUCACCCGCCCCGCCGGAGAUGAAAACCACUCGGUCUCCGAAGGCCAAAGGUUCUCAUGAUGAAGCCAGCUCAUUCACAGUUGACGCUGAGGACGAUGAGGAGGACAGACAAGGCUUUCAGAAAUACCUGGAAGACUUCGAUCCCCACUCCAUGUUCUCGUCAGACCAGAUAGCGGGACGAGACGUGAGACUACUGAGGAUCAGAAAGGUGGGACAGCUCGACUUGGCUCUGGAGGGCGGCGCUGACUCACCUUUGGGCAAAUUAGUGGUGUCGUCGGUGUACGAGGGAGGGGAUGCGGAUAAGCACGGUGGCAUUGUACCAGGUGAUGAACUUCUGGCUGUUAAUGGGAAGAUCCUGAUGGAGGCCACACUGAAUGAAGGGCAAAACUCUCUGGCACGAGCCUGGACUAGUGGAGGGGACUGGAUCGAUGUUGUGAUUGCAGCGUCGCCGCCAAAACAUUAUGAAGAUGAAGUCCCAAAGUCAGCAUCAGUCAGUCCCUUCGUGAACAGGAAGGUGCUUGAAGGCAGUGCAACACUGUACAGGCACGGCUACCUGCUUCGGCCCUAACCCUCGACCCGAACGUUCUUCUAGCUGCUGCGGUUUGGUGAGGAAGAAGGAGCGUUUCGUUCUCGAGGAUUCCUUUGGGAUUGACCUCAUCCCGUCCGUCACAUCAGAAUCAUGCACUCGCCCGCAGCCUCCUGGUGUUCUUUUACUCUUAGUUUGCAUUGCAAAUUUGAGACGGAAGAGCCUGCCAAGAUAGUGGAUCCUAUUUUGCUCGAUUUGCAAAGGAUGCUCGCCAUCAAUAUUUCAUUUACUCCAGUAACCCUUCUCACCCGCGUGCAGCCGGGCCAUGAAGCCGUUGCCCUAAAAACACACACACGAAAUAAACGAAACACGUCCAUGCUGAGCUUUCCUUCAUGCUUGUGUCUCAUUGGUCAAUGGUAAUAAGGGUUUUAAGGAAUAAAUAAAGGAAUUAAGAAUCCA